AUGACAUUUAAGUCAAAAUUUUCACGAAAGUGUUUACAAUAUACACCUUAAAUUAGGAUAAAAUUAGAAAUGAGUUCAAGCCAGAGAAAUGUGCUGAUGGAGGAGGAUACAUCCGAGGGUAUGAUUCACCCAGAUGGCUUAGCCAAUGACCUUAUAAAGGGAGUUUUCAAAAAUUAUCCUGAACGGGGUCUCCACGAAGAGUCAUCCUUCAGUGUGUCUUCAGGUUCCUUACCGAAGUGCAAGAGUGAAAUUGAUAGUCGUCUAGAUUACUGGAAGAACAUGCUUAUUCAAAGACGGGCGUUACAAGAGAGACUGCGAGUCCAACUGGGCAGGACUCCAGAGGACAUGAUCCUUAAUCAGCAGGGAAAAAUAGUGAAACGAUCCAUAGGAGGCUGUCUGGAGACCGUAGGACUACCCAGCUAUUCAGCUGCCGAAAUGUUGGGGUGUAAAGAACUGAAAAGGGAGGAAGCGGAUAUUACGCCUGAGCUACCACCCCAAAUCCGUAGUUUGGAGGUGGUGGGCAGGAAGAUCCAGGCUCAUUGCUCGAAAAUGUCCGAUCAGGUGGGCUGUACAGAGCCUUUAGGUGCCAGUGACGCUGUCGAGGUGGCCCAAUCAACAGUGACGAUCCAACAACCAGUUAGCGGACUGGGCGUUCGCAUCAAUGGAAUUAAUUUCUGGCCCCAUAUUCCAGAGUUCUCUCCCACCAUUGACCGAACCUUUGCUUGUCAGCCCUUCCAACGUCACCUGCGCCCCAUCAUACGCAUAGAAAACAUUGGAAGUCAGGAGCUGAACCUACAAUGGAAGAAGGUUAAUUUCUUCUCGAACAACAAUACCCUUAUGGAAGCCGAUCCGGAUGACUUCGUUUUCGAUGUGGCCCCAUUUGUGCUUCUUCCAGGCGAGUUUCGUGAUGUUACGGUUCUGUAUCAGCCGCGCUGCGUGGCCAUUGUAAAGCAGCGCUGGCUGCUAUCGACGUGUCCACGCAUCUUCUUCUGUCGUCCUUCUGGUUUCACAUUAAACUUGAACGGUCGCUGUACUCCCCCCAAAGAAUACUUGGACCGCCUCAAAAUGGAGAAGCUUCAGGUGUUGUCGUAUGCGCCGCCGCCUCCUCUCCAACAGCAGACAGUGACCCUCUGUCCAUAUGAACGGGAGCUGGAGGAGCGGGAGGUUUUCAACCGGCGGAACAGAUGCUUCCAGUGCCUAACUCACCAAGAUUUUGAGCGCCUCAUGGCGUUCUACAAACGGGUGAGGCCUCCAAAUUCACAUGUAUCUUCCUGGGACUACAGUGUGCACUCGCUAAUCCACCUGGUGUGUAAUAGUCGUGACAUUCGGCAGCGCAUUAAGCACUCUUCGGAACUGGCAAACUUGUUAGACGGCUUGCGGAGAACAUGUCCAAUGCCACUGGUUAAAGCGGACUCAGUUAAUAGGCUGCGGAACCGCAAUCAAUCAAAAAUGAUUUAUGUACGUGGAAUACUAGGUAGCUUACUGGAAGAAUGGGAACAGAGGGUGCAUUUCCUUAGGUCGAGGGUCGCCCACGAAGACUCUAGUUCCAGUUUGCGGGAGGCUAAUAGCAUUCUCCGUUCAAAGUCAUUUAUGGACUCAAUCUGUAUGCUGUUGCACGGAUUGAUUUGCAGAGCGGUCGAGGAUAUUGUGUCGGUGAUCGAGAGCACCGUCCAGAUUUAGUUGUCGCCGAGCAUACAA